GCCCGAGCCGGAAAGGAUGACCGCGUUGUAAGGCACGCGCGCGGACCGCAAGUGACUGCGGGUAGCACAUCGUGCGUCUUCGCGGAGGAUGUCGUUGGUCUAAAGGACGAGCCGCGGUCGCGCAACAUGUCCCAGUGCUUUCGCACGCUACCCGGUCGGCUGUCGGCGCUCGUCAGCGGCGGCGGUGGCCGGAAACCGCUGUCGAAGCUCGAACGUCUUCAGCUGCAGAAGAACGUGGCCGAGUCGUCUGCCUUCCUGAAGCAGUUCUUGGGUACACAGAGAGCAUUAUCUGUAAGGGCAAAUACCACAGGCAAAUCGGUACCUUUUGUGGGAUGUAUGUUUCCUGCGAAUUUACCGUUGGUUCAUCUCGACGUUCGCAAUCGGAGUGAAAAGCCAGCCAGACGACACGCCAAUGAUGAGAGCAAGAGCGCGACGAUGUACUGGGUUGAAGACCCGCGCAGGCUGCGCAAGCCACAAAGGCUCGGCGUCGACCUCCUGAGAAGCAAUAGACACGUGGCCUCAAUAGGAAUCGCACCGGACUCUGUUAAACUAUUUCAGACACAAAGCGUUACAGAAAAUGACAAAGCAACUUCAUUUCUAGAUAAUAGUAGGGUGAUUUCUUUAGAAAGUUUACGCAGUAGUCGAGAAAUAAAUAUUUACCAAAACGUCUUACUUACGUCUGACGACACGAGCGCGCUAAAGACUAGCUCGCAACAGCCGUCGCCACGAGAAAACGAGGGUAAACCAUCGCAGGAACAACUGCAAUCCAUAGUCGAUUGUCUUAGUCAAGAUUUACCAAAGCUGUUUAUAAAACCUCAGAAUUUCUCGAUAUAUACCCAAGAUUUAAUUUUUGUCAACAACAUUAGAGGAGUAACGACAACGGGACUUAUGAAUUAUGUGAAACAGCUGAUGCUGUUAAGAUUCGUCGGUCAUAUCAAGUUUGCUUACGUCAAAUUGGACAUCUUGAAGAUCACAAUACACCAUGAAAACGAUACCGUGCAGGUUCGUUGGCGCAUACAAGGUAUCACAGGCUGGAGGGUACUCACUAUGUUUUGGAAGUAUAAAAUUUGGAAAAUAAAAGAUGCCAUAAACACUAAUCAAGCAGCAUGGUACGAUGGCUUCUCUACUUUUUACGUUAACGCUGAUGGGAAAAUCUACAAGCACAUUGCAGACAAGAUGAUGCCCGAUCAAGACACAGCCACAAAGAAGGAAGACCUGCGCAUGGCACCGAAAUUAGCGCUAUUCACAGGUCUUGCUAAUGUGUUUGGUAACAAUCAGGAUUCCUUGAAUUGAACUCCGCCUUAAAAAUGUAAAACUACAUCAAUUAAAGUGACUCCACUGUCGGGUGUCAGAAUUACCCAAGUCGUCACAACGAAUAGAAGAGGGACGCUUUUUCCACGAUGGUUUCCGAGUGUUGCGGGCACAUCCAUUUCGUUGCAGAUGCAUCAUCACGGGACGAUGAUGGGUAGUAAAUAAGAGAGAUGUGAAUUAAAAAGAUGUACAUUACCUAAACAGUAUCUUUGCAUGAUUGCAAACUACCUACAUCUGCUUUUUUAAUUAGUAAUGGCAAUGUCCGAAUAAUUUUACAUUAGUGUUUCUGUACAAAAAAAAUAUGACGAUUAUAUUACAGUACAUAUAUUUGAAAAAUCAGCCGAUUGUUUAGUAGAAUUAGCAAAGCACCCUGUAUAGCAUCUAUUUGCUUCGCGAUAUGGAUUGUUGAUGUCACAUAAGAUUAUAUUAAAGUAAUGUUUCUUACAGA